UGAAGUGAGCAAAGAAACAACCAUCAUGGCACUAAUGCUUCCAUUAUUCAAUCCGGAGAUUCCCUGCCUCGGAGCCAUCCUUGGUGGUUUACCACCGGGAAAGAAACUCAUCAUCCAGGGCACACUAACGGGCGACAGAUUCAACAUUAACCUUCAGUACGGUCCAGAAGUUGAUCCACGUGAUGAUACAGCGCUACACCUAAGCAUUCGACCGGGUGAGGGAAGGGUCGUACGGAACACGUACGCCAGCCAGUGCUGGCAGGACGAGGAACGUUCCGGCGGGUGUCCCAUUAGCGUGGGCGUUCCUUUUACGCUGGAAAUCAGGGUAAAGGAAACACAUUACUCGAUUCGAUUCAAUGACGAAAAGUUCUGCUCGUUUAGCCACCGGAUGCCGUGCGAAAUGGUUAACUUUGUGCAUCUUGGAACUGGGGCUAGUAUCGAUUCAGUGUUGGAAACGUUUUAA